AGCCUCAGCACCCAUCGGUCGCUACCGCUGGGCCAGCAGCGGGUGCUGCAAGGAGACCAAACAGCUGAUAAGUUUGGAAACUCCCAGGAUGCGGGUCCUGUGGAACUACCGGCCACUGGAUUUCAUCCCAGAGCUGGGCUGCUCCCUGAGACGCCCCCCGGCUCCCGAGCCCGUCGGCCCCUUUGCCAAGAGCCAGCGGCAUGGAGCAGCCCAGAACCCCCCCUGCCUUGACUGGGGGCGGCUGAGACCGGGGGGUACCUGAGACCGUGACCAGGAGCGACUCAUUUCUCCCCCUAGCCCCUGGCUCCGUGCCCCACAGCGACACGCGGGCUGGGUGCUCGUGUGUCGGAGAGAGCUGAGCCCCAGGCAGGUCCCCACGGGGGCCCCACAGCUAGUGGAGCCCUGGGUCCGGAGACCUGCCCCGGCCUCCCUUGGACACAUCCAAGUUUGGAGACAACCCCCCCUCCCACCGGCGCCCCAUCUCCUGGGUCCCAAGGCCACUGCCUGGGCACCUCCGGCUUUGGCGCCUUCCCCGUUCCGAGCUGACGCCCCCUCCCUGCCCCGGCGCCCCCCACGCCCGGCCACCAUGGCGGCCGGCGUGGCUACCUGGCUGCCCUUUGCCCGCGCGGCCGCCGUGGGCUGGCUGCCCCUGGCCAAGAAGCCGAUACCCAAACCGCCCAGCGACAAGCGACCCCGGGGGGACGAGAUCCUGGUGGUGAACGUGAGCGGCCGGCGGUUCCAGACCUGGCAGAACACGCUGGACCGGUACCCGGACACGCUGCUGGGCAGCUCGGAGAAGGAGUUCUUUUACGACGAGGACAGCCAGGAGUAUUUCUUUGACCGCGACCCGGAGAUCUUCCGCCACGUCUUGAACUUCUACCGCACCGGCCACCUGCACUACCCCCGGCACGAGUGCAUCCAGGCCUUCGACGAGGAGCUGAGCUUUUACGGCAUCAUCCCGGAGCUGAUCGGCGACUGCUGCCUGGAGGAGUACCGCGACCGCAAGAAGGAGAACGCCGAGCGGCUGGCGGAGGACGAGGAAGCGGAGAGCGCCACCGACCUUUCGCUGCCGCCGGACAGCACCGUCCGGCAGCGGCUGUGGCGGGCCUUCGAGAACCCCCACACCAGCACCGUGGCCUUGGUCUUCUACUACGUCACCGGCUUCUUCAUCGCCGUCUCGGUGAUCGCCAACGUGGUGGAGACCAUCCCCUGCCAGCCGCCGCCCGGCCGGAAGCGCCAGCAGCCCUGCGGCGACCGCUUCCCCUUGGUCUUCUCCUGCAUGGACACAGCCUGCGUCCUCAUCUUCACCGGCGAGUACCUGCUCCGGCUCUUCGCUGCCCCCAGCCGCUGCCGCUUCCUGCGCAGCGUCAUGAGCAUCAUCGACGUGGUGGCCAUCCUGCCCUACUACAUCGGGCUGGUGAUGCCGGAGAACGAGGACGUCAGCGGGGCCUUCGUCACCCUGCGGGUCUUCCGGGUCUUCCGCAUCUUCAAGUUCUCGCGGCACUCGCAGGGGCUGCGGAUCCUGGGCUACACGCUGAAGAGCUGCGCCUCGGAGCUGGGCUUCCUCCUCUUCUCGCUGACCAUGGCCAUCAUCAUCUUCGCCACCGUCAUGUUCUACGCCGAGAAGGGCACCCGCAGCACCAACUUCACCAGCAUCCCGGCCGCCUUCUGGUACACCAUCGUCACCAUGACCACGCUGGGGUACGGGGACAUGGUUCCCAGCACGAUCGCCGGGAAGAUCUUCGGCUCCAUCUGCUCGCUCAGCGGGGUGCUGGUCAUUGCACUGCCGGUGCCCGUCAUUGUCUCCAACUUCAGCCGCAUCUACCACCAGAACCAGCGGGCGGACAAACGCCGGGCGCAGCAGAAGGUUCGCCUGGCACGGAUCCGGCUGGCGAAGAGCACCACGACCAACGCCUUCCUGCAGUACAAGCGGAACGGGGGCCUCGAGGCCCUGGGCAGCGCAGCCCAUGCCUUGGCUGUGAGGAAUUGUUCGACCUUCGAGCAGCAGCACCAUCACCUGCUGCACUGCCUGGAGAAGACCACGAGCCACGAGUUCAUGGACGAGCGCUCGUGCAGCGAGGCCGGGCUGGGGGGCUCGGUGGGCGGACGGAGCAGCCGCAGCACCUCCUUCUCCUCCCAGCAGGGCGGCGCCACCUCCUGCUGCCCCCGCCGGGGCCCCCCGCGCCGGGCCCUGCGCCCGGCCCCCUCCACCGCCUCCGUCAGCCGCGCCAGCGCCCAGGAGCUCAACACGCUGCAGGGCCACAAGGGGCCCGCCGCCCCCCAGAGCCGCUCCAGCUUGAACGCCAAGGCCCACGAGAACAUGACGAUGACCUACGAUGGGGUGGACCUGGCGGCUGCUCUCACCAGCAUCCCCACGCCCCCCGCCAACACCCCCGAGAGCCGCCCCCCCACGCCCCGCGCCCGGCCCAACUCCAGCCUGCCUGCCCCCCACCUGCCCCACCGCAUGGUCAAGAUCUCCUCCUUGUAAGGGCAGAGCGUGGAGCGGCUGGGGGGGGGGUGCCCCGUCCCCUCCGCCCACCACUAGGGCCCGGACACUGGGCUCCUGCCUGCCCCGGACGCCUGGGUUCCACACGCCUAGGGGCAUUGUC